GUCAAACACAUGUAUUUAUUGUUGUAUAAUUGUUGCGAAGAUUACUAUUGCUUUAUUACUUUUAUAUUUUGGUUGCAUUUAUACAUUUUUUUUCUUACUGCUUCUGUCGAUUUAUAAUUAAUUCUACAAUAAUCGCACAAUUCUCGCCGGCCAUUUAAGUCUUAGUAAAAUGAACAAUUCUGUAAACAUUAACUUAACAGAUUGCUGUAGAACUUGCUUAAGAAUAGAUUGUAGUCUCACUUCUACGGAUAUUCAAGAUUCUGAUUCUAUUACACUGUUAGAUAAGUUGUUAGCUUGUGUAGCAGAAAUUUCUUGGUUGAAAGAAGGUUUGCCCACCUUAAUAUGUGCUCUCUGCAUCGAACAUCUACGAGUGGCCUACGACUUUAGAUUAACCUGUAUACAGUCUGAUGAAACGUUGAACAGGUACAUACGUGUACAAGAAGAGAGCAAACAACACCCUUUAUGUAUUACUACAACAAAAUUUGAAUAUACAACCAGUAAUUCUAGCGGAAAUACCGCUCAAAUAAAUAUAUUAAGCGAAGAGACCGCUGAGAACACCGACGAAUAUUUACAUUUGAAACAUUUCUUGGAUAACGACGAAGAAUUGGCCAAACAGGGUGAAACAUUAGAGGAUGACGAUGAUGAUAAAAAUUGCCAUUCGGACGAUGCACAAAUCAGUUUCAUCAACGAAAGUCCACACGAAGUGCUAACUCUGCAGCAAGAGGUGCCUACUCUGUUGCAGCAAGACAGCCAACAUGUCGAUCAGGCUCAACAGGUGUCGACUUGCGAUGAAAACGAAACUUACGAAUUACAAGCAAACGAUGAGAAAUCAACGGAAGCGAAACAAUAUGAGACAACUUUUAUGAUACAACAAGCUAAAUACGAGACUGUAGAUUAUGUUACAGUACCUUUUAAGCCGGUUAUUAAAAGAACAACGGGUGUGCAAGUACGUCCAGAUGAGAGGCCGCUUAAAGAAUUCACUUGCAUCGAAUGCGGCAAAUCGUACAAGAAAAAAUCGAAUCUGCGGAUACACAUUCGCACUCACACGGGCGAGAAACCGUUCGAAUGCAAAUACUGCGAAAAAAGAUUUUACCAUUCGUCCCAUCUGAGAGAGCACAUCCGACGACACACGGGCGAGAAACCUUUCCAAUGCGCCGUAUGCAGCAAACGUUUCACCAUAAAAGGGGAGCUUACGAUGCACAUGAAGUCCCAUACGGGCGAGAAACCUUACGCUUGUAAUUGCUGCGACAGGAGAUGCCUCACAUCCGCCGAUUUAAAGGUGCAUAUGAGGACCCACACCGGCGAAAAACCGUACGAAUGUACAGUAUGCGGCAAGAAAUUCGCGAGUACUUACAUUUUAAAUUCUCACACGAAAACCCACACGGGCGAGCGACCUUAUUCCUGUUCGGUGUGCCACAAAACCUUCACCCAAUCGUCCCAUUUGAACGUUCACCUGCGAAAGCACACCGGAGAAAAAUUCACGUGCAAGGUUUGCGAGGCGAAAUUCACCCAUUCCUCUCAACUGACGGUGCACAUGCGCGAGCACACCGGCCGACAGCCGUACAAAUGCACGGUGUGCGACAAAGUCUGCAACUACGCCUCCGAAUUGCAAUCGCACAUGAUGCGACACACCGGCGAGAAGUUCUCGUGCUCGUCGUGCGACAAGAAAUUCACGUCGGCCGCGUAUUUGGCCGAACACACACGAACGCACACCGGCGAGAACCUGUCGACUUGUCAUUUGUGCAAAAGACAGUUCACCAGAUCUCAGUAUUUGGAGAAGCACAUGCGUACGCACACCGGGGAAAAACCGUUCGUUUGCUUCGUUUGCGGUAAGAAAUUCACGCAGUCGUCCAGCUUGAAGGUGCACAUACGAAUUCAUACGGGAGAGAAACCUUACUCGUGCGAAUUGUGCUCGAAGAAGUUCACAACUUCGUCGGAUUUGUCGGUGCAUAAUAAGAAGCAUAAAGAAUACGUCGAUUUGUAGAUUUUUUUCUAUUUGUAAUUUUCGGAAAUUUGUCUUACUGUGAUAUUUGAAAUUGUACUAGAUUACUGUAGGUUUGUUCUUUAACUCUGUGGAUUGGUGCUAUAUGACUUGAUGAGUUGAAUUUGCUUUGUAUAUUUUAUAGGAGAGCUGUUUUAAGUUUGGAUUACUGUUAAAAUUGGUACCCUCGUACCAAAAUUAAGCAAAAUUGAAUAAAAUAUUUAAAAGAAAUAAGUCUCCAAUUCGUUGGUAUAUAAAUGUUGAAACUUUUAUUGUUAUAGUCUACAAUCUUGUAGACCUCAAUGAGACGAAUUUAGAAAAAAUCGACUUUUCAAGUUAUGAAAACAAUCCGCAGAAUCAUCAUUGUAACAAUUCUAUUCCAGUGUGGUGUUUAAAUGGUCAAAUUGUUAUUAGCUGUUUUGUUUCUCGUUAAAUUUAUUCCUACAAAAAUGUGAUAUAAUUUUUUAACUUUAAUCGAGAUAUUUUAUCAUUUUCUUUAAUUUAUCAACUUCAUGUACUGUAUUUAAGAUAAGCCUUUUUUUGUCUUUGAUUUAAAUAAGCUAUAUAUUUACAUAUUUUUUACAUUACUUUAUUCGAAGCUAAAUGUAAUGUAUAUUUUACAAAAAAC